UUCCCACUCCAAGAAAUCAAUCUUGAAAUGGGAUUUUUCUCUAAGUCAUGAGCUCUCCUCACAAGCUUCCCUACACUAGUGGCUUCUAGUGUGAUCUCCUAGGGGAAGCCCUACCCAACCAGAGUCUCAGGCAUUUUUCUUCAAGGGCUUUCCUCAAGCUUAAGCUACCUCUUAGAGGAGGUUCCUCCUAAAUACUACGCUAGGGGAUCGUUAGUCUUGGGAAUGGAUUGGUUACGUGCAAAUGAGGUUAUUCUGGAUUUCCAGGAUAACACAGUUUCUUUCACCAAGAAUGGUGAAUCAAUCCAGUGGCAGGUGUCUGUCGACACAACCAUCCCGGCGGUUCAAAUUACGAAAAGUCCAGACGUGUGCUUUGCUCUUGCAUGUCAAUUCGGACAGCAUUACCGCAUUGCUAACACACUUUUCGUCAUACAGCUCGAGGAAGCUGGAACCCCAAUGCCAGACAUUGAGGAUUUUCCACCUCAAAUGAAGGUACUGGCGGAUGAGUUUAAGGAGGUUUUUGAGUCUAUUCCGGACGGACUCCCUCCUGACCGCGCCGUAGGCCACACCAUCCCUGUGGAGCCUGGAAAGCUCCCCCCGUUUCGACCUCUGUAUCGCCUCAGUCCAGCUGAGUACGAGGAGGCUAAACAGCAGAUUGAGGAGUACCUCAAGAAGGGAUGGAUUGAGCCAAGCGCAUCACCAUAUGGAGCACCAAUCUUGUUCGUUAACAAGAAGGGUGGUGGCUUACGCAUGUGCGUCGACUACCGCGCCUUAAACAAGAUCACGAUCAAGAACAGAUAUCCUCUUCCAAGGAUAGAAGACCUGUUCGAUCGACUCCAGGGUGCUCAGUGGUUUAGCGCGUUGGAUCUGGCACAGGGGUACCACCAACUGCGCAUCACUGAGGAAGAUGUUCCCAAGACGGCGUUCCGUUCGCCGUUUGGCCAUUUUCAAUGGCGUGUGCUGAGCUUUGGCUUGACCAAUGCUCCAGCCUCUUUUCAAAGGGCCAUGAACGAUGUGUUCCGCGAAGCAAUCGGGCACUUCGUUCUGGUUUACCUUGACGACAUCUUGGUUUAUUCCAAGACUGAAGAGGAGCACACUCAACACCUAAAAUGGGUGUUAGGAAAGUUGCGAGAACACAAGUUCUAUGCUCGUUUAUGGAAAUGCCAUUUCUACAAACGCGAGCUGGAAUACCUCGGUCAUCUUGUCGGGAACAACGGACUUAAAGUCGACCCCAAGAAGGUGGUGGCUGUUCAGAAUUGGCCCGUCCCACAAGACGUGGGCCAGAUCAGGUCCUUCCUAGGCCUGGCCAAUUAUUCCGCCGCACUCACCCGAAAGGGUAGUGCCUGGGAGUGGACUCGACAAUGCCAAGAGGCAUUUGACAAAGUCAAAACAAAGCUGACCAAUGCUCCGGUUCUGGUAUUGCCAAAUCCUUCAAAACCCUAUGAGGUGGUCACCGACGCCUCGACAGUAGGGAUUGGGGCGGUACUCUUGCAGGAGGGCCGCCCAGUGGCAUUUGAGAGUAGGAAGCUCUCCCCGGCAGAGCAGCGCUAUACGACAUCAGAACAAGAGUUGCUGGCGGUCGUGCAUGCGCUAAGAACAUGGCGAUGUUAUCUGGAAGGUGUGGAGUUUGUGGUCACGACAGACCACUGUCCGAACACCUAUUUCUCUACUCAAGCCACGCUCACUCGGCGCCAAGCCCGCUGGGCAGAACUCCUUAGUGGGUUCACAUUCGAUAUUCGAUAUCGUGCAGGUUCUACGAACAUGGCUGACCCCCUCAGCAGACAACCGAUAGGGGCAGCGACUGGGCUUGAAGAAAUCGAGGAUAAGGCAAUUGUGGUACCCCACGUGAGUAACCUGCGGAAUGAUAUAAUUGAGGAAGUGCAUAGCACCAAGUACGGGGGACACCUGGGUAUCAAGAAAACCCGGUGGGCCUUAAGUGGCGUGUACUGGUGGCCUGGAUUGGGGACUGAGGUCCAACAAUUCGUGUCGCGUUGUGAUGCAUGCGCACGCAACAAGUCAGACACGAAAAAGCCUGGUGGUUUGCUUCAACCACUAGAGAUUCCAGACGAACCCUGGGAGAGUGUCUCACUGGAUUUCAUCACAGACCUCCCAAAAACACGAGACGGUCAUACUGCGAUCUUGGUCUUUGUGGAUCGACUGACCAAAAUGGUGCACUUCGUUGCUACUACAACAGACGUAUCUGCGGAAGAUACGGCCAAGUUGUUUGUAGCCCACGUGUUCCGCUUACACGGGUUACCGCGUGUGCUGGUGUCCGAUCGAGAUCCGCGCUUUACAAGCCGGUUCUGGCACGAAGUUACACGGACACUCGGAACGAAGCUAAAGAUGUCGUCAGCCUUCCAUCCCCAAACGGAUGGCCAGACAGAGCGGACGAAUCGUACUCUUGAGCAAAUGCUUCGUUCCUUUAUUGGCCCAACUCAGGAUGAUUGGGACGACUUGUUACCUGUGGUUGAGUUUGCAGUGAACAAUUCUGUCCAUGAAGGUACCCAUGAAAAACCCUUCAUUCUGAACUGUGGUCGGCAUCCCACGACACCUGCUACGCAUGGGAUAGGCGGACUGCGAGUCCCUGCCGCGAAAGACUUUGUGGGCAAGCAGCAAGAAGCGCUCAAGUCUGCUCGCCGCUGGCUGCAGCUGUCUCAGCAGCGACAAAAGUCUUAUGCCGACAUGAAACGCCGGGACGUCUCUUUUGAGGUUGGAGACAAGGUAUUGUUGAGCACGAAGAACAUUCGUCUCAAAAUCCCUGGGGCACGAAAGCUGUUCCCUCGAUGGAUUGGGCCUUUCGAGGUGAUCCAGCGCGUUGGUGUAGUAGCUUACAAGUUGAAGUUACCCGAAACAUUGUAGAUUCACAAUGUCUUCCACGUGUCUCU